GGUAACCUGUCAUCUGCUGAUAGCGGACACGGGCCUAGGAUAGCCCUAUCCCAUUACAGCUGGGAAACGUGUGUGACGGAGUCGCAAGUUAGGCUCUCAUCGCCCAGCCGGCGAUAUAAACAGGGUGUCCAUCUCCCAUAUAAAAAUGGAAAAAGUUGAUUUGCCCCCAACCUAUGAAGAUUCCCUACGAGGCCCCAGGUACGAUAACUACUCACAGCAGUCUGGAUAUGGACUCCCAGGGUAUGGUGGUCCGCUACCCCAACCCCCUGCCUACAUCUCCGGCCCUGGCUUGUCCACCCCCCAGUACCCAGGGCAUGCUGGCUUCUACCCCCAGACUGGCGCAAGGAUGAGCCCGUGCCACCCUGCCACGGGCCUCCCCAGUAUUAUAUCAACAUCACCACUGGGGAUGCCAACCAGCACAGGAGACAUGGAUGAAUUUGCAUAUGAUAGAACAUGGGAGAGCACAGCGAUUCGACAUGGAUUCAUCCGAAAAGUAUACAUGAUUCUGGCUGCCCAGCUUGCAGUCACUGUCUCAAUUGUUGCUGUGUUUACAUUUGUUGAACCAGUGCGCAUGUUUGUCAUCAGAAACCCAUCAAUUUACUGGGCAUCACUAGCUGUUUAUUUUGUCACCUACUUAAUUCUUGUCUGCUGCAAAGGCCCAAGGAGACGCUUUCCAUGGAAUCUACUACUUCUGUUUGUUUUUACUCUGGCCAUGUCAUACAUGACUGGAACAAUAGCCAGUUACUAUGAGACCAAAGCAGUGUUUCUGGCCCUUGGAAUUACUGCAAUAGUGUGCAUUGCUGUCACCACCUUCUGCUUCCAAACGAAGGUGGAUUUCACAUCCUGCGGUGGGCUCUUCUGCAUUCUCGCAAUUGUUGUCAUGGUUACAGGGAUCAUCACAGCCAUCAUGCUCUCCUUCCAAUAUGUACCGUGGCUCCACAUGCUCUACGCUGCCAUUGGCGCUAUCGUUUACACACUGUUUUUAGCCUACAACACCCAGCUUCUGAUCGGAAAUCGUGAGCUGGCACUGAGUCCAGAGGAGUACGUGUUCGGGGCACUCUCUCUCUACGUGGACAUCGUCCAGAUCUUCCUCUUCCUGCUGCAGAUCGGCGGCGCUGCCACUGACUGAGCUCACGUCAGGAUGGAAGGGCCCUUACUACGAGCACUUACUACCUAUAACAUGUUACAGGUGUAUUUAAAUGAGCACUCACUAUUUCUAUAUUUAACAAAUUACACAUUUACUAGGAUUCAGUGUCAUAAUAAAUUCAAGUGUGCACUUUA